GUUCAUGGAAGAACGCAAAAGACACCUUUCUUUCUAGACUAAACUAAACUGGUUUUUCACUUCACAUUCUUCAAGACAGACGCAUCACGAUUCGCUUAAUCCGCUUCUCGAUUUUCUGCGGAAACUUUGCUCUCUGUUUCAUCCAUACUUUCCGACGUUGUUUGGUGUACCAAAAACCCUAGGCUUUUAGUUUCUUUCUCUGCUGCUUUACUUCAAGGUGCAGGAUGACUCAACCAAGUAGAGAUACAGUUAACGUUGAUCCCGAACUCGAGAAGUACAAACACAAGUAUCACAAGGACCUAAGAGGCGGUUGUUACAAAAUUCAGUUUUCAGAAAAUAUGUUAAAAUGUCCCUUCUGUCCUCAUAGCAGAGACUACUGUUACGAGGACCUCCUCAGACACGCGAAUCGGAUAGUGAGAGAAUCAAAAAGUGCCAGUUUUAAGGAUAGGGCCAAACACAUGGCAUUAAUCGAGUAUUUAGAGAACGACUUUUAUGCUAGACGCAAGUGUUUAGAGUCACAACAACAACCAACGCAAGACUUUUACGCUAAACGAAGGUGUUUAGAUUCAACAAGUGCAGACACAACUCCAAAGCAAAACGCUAAUGAAGAGCUACUUGUUUGGCCUUGGAUGGCUGUGGUUGCUAACAUUCCUGUUGAAUAUAAGAACGGUAAGUACGCGGGUGACAGUGGUAAAAAGCUAAAAGAUGACUGGACCGAAAAGGGUUACAACCCGGUCAAAGUGUAUCCUCUGUGGAGCUCGCAGGGUCACUCGGGGCUUGCAGUGGUUGAAUUUGGGCCAACGUGGGCCGGUUUAAAUCAUGUUAUGAGGUUUAUAACGGAUUUUGAGGUAAACAAACAUGGGCGGGAAGAUUGGUAUGGUAGGGAAACGUGCAAAGACGAUAAGUUGUAUGCGUGGAUUGCAACGGAUAAAGACUAUAACUUGUACGGUCUUGUCGGGAAUUAUCUUAAGAAAAACGGUGCGUUGAAGACUGUGGCUGAUGUUCAAAAAGAAGAAGCGGUAAUACGAUCGAAAUACAUUAUGGGCUUGACUACUAUAAUAGAUGAAAAGGACAAACAAAGUGAAAAAAUUAAAAGGGAAAUAAGCAAAACGGAUAUUCAGUUGAAGAAUGUUAUGAGACAGAAAGAGAAGAUAACCGAGGAUUUUAAUAAAGAGUUGGAAAUGAUGCAAAAGAAGGCGGAUGAGCAGCUUAAAAUGAUUACGACCGAGCAUGAACAGAGCAAACGGCUGCUAGAAGAUCGUGAAAAGGAGCUUAGAGCACGUGAAGCUAAAAAUGAAAAUGAGCAAAGGAAGCUUGACUAUGAGAAGAGAAUGAACGAAAUGGCAAUUCAGGAGCAGAUUAAGGCAGAUGAACGGAUGUUGAAGUUAGCUGUGGAUCAAAAGAGAGAAAAAGAAAAGCUUCACCAGAAAAUCAUCAAGCUUGAAAAGAAGCUUGACGAAAAGCAACGGCUGGAGCUAGAGAUCAAGCAAAUGAAGGGAGCCAUAGAAGUGAUGAAACACAUGACUGAAGAAGAUCUUGAAGCAAAGAACAAAAUGAAAUCACUUCAAAACGAUCUCAAAGAAAAAGAAGAGGAACUCGAGGGUUUGGAAGAGCUUAAUCAAGCGUUAAUAGUUAAAGAACGAAAGACCAACGAUGAAUUAGUCGACGCUCGUAAAGAGCUCAUUUUUGGUUUUAAGGAUAACGCGAAUACUGCACAGAUUUUUGUGAAGAGAAUGGGGGACCUUGAAGUAAGACCGUUUAUCGUUGCUGCGCAGAGACAUUGUUCGAAUAAAAAGAAAGCAAUUGAGAAUGCAACAAAAAUGGUAUCUUUGUGGGAAGAUCAUCUCGCGGAUUCUAGCUGGCAUCCCUUUAAAGUCGUCACUAUUGGAGAGAAACCCACGGAGAUUCUGGAUGAAGAAGAUGAGAAGAUUGCAAGCUUGAAAAAUGAAUGUGAGAAAGAUGUAUUUGAUGCUGUUGUCACCGCUCUAAAUGAAUUAAACGAGUACAACCCGAGUGGCAGAUAUCCAGUGGCAGUACUUUGGAACAAGGGGGAGAAAAGGCCUGCGACGUUGAAAGAAGGCGUUGAAUAUCUUCUUUAUAAAUGGAAGCCUCGUAAAACACGCAAACGAUGUUAAAAAAGAUUGCAGCCACCUGAUAAUUUUGGUGAGGAGUAUUAACUUUUAAACUUAAAACUUAUAGUAUUAACACUUCGUUUGGGAGUGGUAACCGAAAACACGACUUGAUUAGUAUUUUGUGCUAUAUUCUCCAUCCACACAGAAGGUGGUUAAGUUUAUGUGAUUAUAUGGGAUUUAUCUAAGGGGCUGUUUGUUUACUCUUAA